AUGAAUAAUAAUAAAAGAGUAUUAGAAGAAGAACAAUUGCUCAUAAACUCAAAAGUUGAAGAAAAUAGCGAGGAACAACAUGUUGAGAAAAAAGUGAAAUAUGAAAAUGGAAAUGAGAGUGUUAGUGGUGGUCAGCUUUCAGAAAUUGUAAAUAAUCAUCAUCAUCAGAAUGGUGAUGGAAAUAAUGAUAAAUUGGAUUGCAAUAGUAAUGAAGACGACACCAAUUACGAUGAUCAGAAUCAUGUUGGUGGAAAUAUAGAAAACAAUCUAAAUAAUCUAAGUAAUCAUAAUAGUGAUGUUGAUAUUGGUCAGGAGAUGCACGAACAUCUGGCGAGUGAAACAUCCGAUGGCGAAACCAUAGUAGAGAGUACCGACUACAAUGAAAACGAAGACGAAAACGACGAAUACUAUGACGAUGGUAGCAGUAGCGAACCAGAGCAUGAUAGCGAGACCGAAGCAAAUUUAAAGUUGGCAGUCGAAUCCAAGUUGGUAGACGAUCAACAGGAACUCUUGGAUGUUGCCAGAGCACUAAUAUCGGAACAUAUUGAAAAAAAUAGAGUUUUAGGAGUGGAUCCAACUAAAUUUACAAAAGAUUUAGGUUUUAAAUUGGAAUUGGAGGAAGGUGAAGAUGAUGUGUGGGGAUUGAUAAAAUCCUAUUUGACAAAGAAAAAAAUAGCAUUGCAUUUGUUUUGUAAUUAUAUCAAGUAUAAACAAUUUUGUCGACCGUUCCGAAAGAAGCUCCAACAUAUCAACUCGUUGGAAGACGCUGUAAAUUUAAUAUCGAAAUGUAAAAAUAUUGUUGUUGUGACGGGUGCCGGUGUCAGUGUUUCCUGUGGAAUUCCAGAUUUUCGUUCCAAAGGCGGUGUCUAUGAUACCAUCGAGAAAAAGUACAAUCUUCCAGAGCCAGAGUCGUUGUUUGAUAUUCGCUAUCUCCGGGAGGAUCCCCGUCCAUUCUUUGAGUUUGCCAAGGAGAUAUAUCCGGGCAGCCACAAACCGUCGCCAACUCACUACUUCUUGAAGAAGCUGGACGAGCAUGGAAAACUACUGCGAAACUACACACAGAAUAUCGAUACACUCGAGCACAUCGUUGGAAUAACCUCAGAGAAGCUGGUGAACUGCCAUGGAUCAUUCAAGACUGCUACAUGUGUCACCUGUAAUACUAUGGUGGAGGGAGCAGCACUUCGAGAUACCAUCAUGAAGCAAGAGAUUCCCUAUUGUGUAAAUUGUAAUAAUAAUACAUCGUUUAUGAAACCAGACAUUGUUUUCUUUGGUGAGAAUCUGCCGGAUCGCUUCGAUCAGUGCGUUGGACUGGACCGCGACAACGUAGACCUACUCAUCGUCAUGGGAUCAUCGCUCAAAGUCCAGCCCGUUGCACUUAUACCAGAGAUUCUGGAUUCAAAGAUCCCACAGAUUUUAAUUAAUAGAGAGAUUGUCGGUCAGCCUCACGAGUUUGACUAUGUAUAUUUGGGUGAUUGCGAUAAUUUUGUCAAGGAAAUUGAUAAUAAAGUCGAUUGGACAAAAUCAUAA